GUUCCACCGGUGUUCGACGCCACACGUACUGACGAUUUCGAGUCCAUAAAAGAAUUACUGUUGUUUUCGGAAGAAACAACUCUUGUCGGGUAAUCCGAAUCGUAAAUAUCGAACGCUAAGGAUUGACAAUUUAAAACAAGGUUCCAUGUAAAUAGAUUCGCAUAUUUAACCGAGGAGACACGAUGAUCACUAAAUUAAUUUUGGUAUAUUUGGCUAUGAACACCGUUGACAUUAGCAAUGCAGAUGAGUUCAAAUGCAAGAAGUUUGCCAACGGAUCGGUCUAUCCAUCCAGCACCAUCGAAUCUACCAAUCACAAAUUGCAGUACACCAAAGCAUUGAUAUCAAAACCAGCUCCUGAUUGGAAGGGCACAGCCGUCAUUAAUGGCUCGUUGCAGGAACUGAAGUUAAAAGAUUUUCGUGGGAAGUAUUUAGUGUUCUUCUUUUACCCAUUGGACUUCACAUUUGUUUGUCCAACAGAAAUAUUAGCUUUCAAUGACCGUAUUGAGGAGUUUAGGAGGAUUGAUGCCAACGUUGUUGCGGCAUCAGUGGACUCACAUUUUACACAUUUGGCUUGGGUAAACACACCGCGAAAGGAUGGUGGUUUGGGUAACUUGUCAAUCCCCCUGUUGUCUGAUAUGACUCAUAAAAUAUCCAAAGAUUAUGGUGUUUAUUUGAGCGAUGUUGGUCAUUCCCUGAGGGGACUGUUUAUUAUAGACAAUAGAGGUAUUCUCCGACAAAUCACAAUGAAUGACUUGCCAGUUGGUCGAAGUGUAGAUGAAACUCUAAGACUAGUACAAGCAUUUCAAUAUACAGAUAUGCACGGAGAAGUAUGUCCUGCUAAUUGGAAACCUGGUGAACAAACGAUAAUUCCUGACCCUAUUAAGAAGAAAGAAUAUUUUGAUAGACUGAUCGAAUUAUAACCCACCCGUGUGGAGAUCUCUCAAUUGCCAAAACAUAAUUAUUUAUAACUUAUAAAGCAUCACAAAGACAUAAACAUUAAAUAAUAUUUUUUUUAUUUCAA